AUGUGUUACUGUGGCAGUUACUAUGGAGGCCUGGGCUAUGGUUGUGGCUAUGGUGGCCUAGGCUGGGGCUAUGGUUGUGGCUAUGGUGGCCUAGGCUGUGGCUAUGGCUGUGGCUAUGGUGGCUAUGGUUAUGGCUGCUGCCGCCCACUCUGCUGUAGAAGAUACUGGUCUUAUGGUUUCUACUGA